UCAUAUGGAAAAGUUGAAGUAUGAGCCUUUAUUUGAGACAAAGAAGGGAAAGGGAAGGAUAUUAUAUAGGCUAUUUGCAACUUCACUUUUUUGUGGGAUUAUUUUGAUUUGGUUUUAUAGACUUUGUAAUAUACCAAAUUCAGGUGAAAAUGGUAGAUAUGUUUGGAUUGGAAUGCUUGGAGCUGAACUAUGGUAUAGUUUUUACUGGUUCCUCACUCAGUCUGUUCGUUGGAACAGAAUUUAUCGUCAUACAUUUCGAGAUAGGCUCUUGAUGAGGUACGAGAAUGAGUUGCCGAGAGUUGAUAUAUUCGUGUGCACAGCUGAUCCUGUAAUAGAGCCACCAAUUAUGGUGAUCAAUACAGUUUUAUCAGUCUUGGCUUACAAUUAUCCACCAGUAAAGCUCAGUGUUUAUCUCUCGGAUGAUGCUGGUUCCGAGCUUACCUUUUAUGCCUUGCUAGAAGCUUCUCGCUUUGCAAAGCAUUGGCUUCCUUAUUGCAAAAAGUUCAACGUUGAGCCGAGGUCUCCUGCUGCCUAUUUUGCAUCUUUGUCUGUUUCGGAUCAAUCUGAUGCAGAUUUUUCCAAAAUGAAGGGAUUAUACGAGGAGAUGGCAAACAAAAUUGACGUUGUAUGCAAGGCUGGGACAGUCUCAGAUCAAGCAAAAUUAGAAUACAAAGGAUUUUCCAAAUGGAAUUCAUAUUCAUCCAAGAAAAACCAUGCUGCUAUCUUGCAGAUACUAAACGACAGCAGAGACGAAGAGACAAAGGACGUUGAUAGGGUAAGACUGCCAACGUUGGUCUAUGUGGCUCGGGAGAAGCAUCCUGAGCACUUCCAUAAUUUCAAAGCCGGGGCGAUGAAUGCAUUGCUCAGGGUGUCCUCAGAGAUCAGCAAUGCGCCAGUAAUUCUGAAUGUAGAUUGUGAUAUGUACUCGAACAACUCAAACGCGAUUCAAGAUGCUCUUUGCUUUUUUAUGGAUGAAGAAAGAAGUCGUGAAAUUGCUUUCGUGCAAUUUCCACAAUCUUUCGGAAAUGCCACUAAAAAUGAAGUUUAUGGUUCUCUGAGAGUAAUUGAUGAGGUGGAAUUCCACGGUGCUGAUGGUUACGGAGGCCCUUUGUAUACUGGAACUGGCUGCUUUCAUAGGAGAGACACCCUUUACGGUAGAGAGUAUAGCACGGAAGCUAGGAUUGAUUUGAAGAGUGCAUGUCCUGAGAAGAUGGAAGAAAACGUGCACGAGUUAGAAGAAAGACUAGAAAGAUUAGCUAGUUCAACGUACGACCUAAACACUCAAUGGGGAAAUGAGAUUGGUUUGAAGUAUGGCUGCCCAGUCGAAGAUGUACUGACCGGGUUGACAAUUAAGUGUAAAGGUUGGAAGUCUGUUUAUUAUCGUCCGAAAAGGGAUGCCUUCGUAGGGGUUACUGCAACGACGUUGGAUCAGAUAUUAGUGCAACAUAAGAGAUGGUCCGAGGGCGAUUUAAUGAUUCUGUUUUCCAAGUAUAGCCCUGUUUGGUAUGGACUUGGAAAGCUCAAUCCUGGCCUUGUGUUGGGAUAUCUCAUUUACUGCCUCUGGUCUCCGAAUUGCUGGGCAACUCUGUACUACUCUAUCGUCCCUUCGUUUUGUCUACUCAAAGGAAUUCCCCUAUUUCCACAGGUCUCCAGCAAAUGGUUCUUGCCAUUUGCAUAUGUGGUAAUCGCGGAACUAAUAUAUAGUUUUGCUGAGUUCCUGUGGAGUGGCGGAACAAUUCUUGGAUGGUGGAAUGAACAAAGAAUAUGGCUUUACAAGAGAACAAGCUCCUACAUGUUUGCCUUUCUUGAUACAAUGUUGAAGUUAUUUGGUUCUUCCAAUACAACAUUCAUAGUCACUCCAAAAGUCACUAAUGAUGAUGUGUUGUUGAGAUACAAACAAGAGAAAAUGGAAUUUGGAAGUGCUUCACCUAUGCUUACAAUUUUGUCAACAUUGGCAAUGAUCAAUCUUUUUUGCCUAAUGGGGUUGGUGAAAAAUUUGAUAUUAACAAGAGUAUUGGGAUUGGAAUAUGUAUUUGAAACUAUGGCUUUGCAAAUUUUGCUUUGUGGGGUUCUUGUUUUUGUUAACUUGCCUUUGUAUAAUGCUCUCUUCUUUAGGCAAGAUAAGGGGAAAAUACCUAGUUCCACUGCAUUUCAGUCAGUUGGUUUUGCACUUUCUGUUUGUACAUGUAUUGCAUAUAUGUAA